CCCUAACUUCCCGGCUCCUCCCCUUUACUUCCCCCUAAACGUCCAUUUUCAAAAAAAAAAAGUGUUAUCCUUUUAAGCAUAAUAAACUUCAACAAUAUCCGAGCGGAUGCUUCGUCACCACCCCCCCAAGAUAUUCCAGUCAUAGCGGAGCAGCCCUGACGUUGUAGCAGUAAUGUCUCCCAAAGUGCCAGGCGGCCAAGGCAGAGGAGAAUAUUCUUCAGUGCAAGUUGCAGUCCGAGUACGUCCGCUGCUGCCUAAAGAGGUUCUUCAUUGCCACGAGACGUGCAUCACUGUAGACACUGAACUUCAGCGGGUCACCCUGGGUCACGACAGACACUUCCUUUGCGACUUCCUGCUUGAGGAAACCUGCUGCCAAGAGGAGGUUUAUUCUGUGUCAGUGCAGCCUCUGAUAGAUUAUUUCUUCCAAGGCUUCAAUGCUACAGUUUUUGCUUACGGUCAGACAGGCUCAGGCAAGACCUACACCAUUGGAGAAGCAAAUAUAUCUUCUUUUCGAGAUGAAGAGCAGGGUAUCAUCCCCAGGGCUGUGGCAGAUGUCUUCAAGUUGCUGGAUGAGAAUGACCUUACAGAAUUUUCAGUACGGGUCUCCUACUUAGAGGUCUACAAAGAGGAAUUUAAGGACUUACUGGAGGUAGAAACUGCAAGCAAGGACAUCCACAUCCGAGAAGAUAAGGGAAAUAUUGUUCUGUGUGGUGUAAAGGAGUGUGAAGUGGAGGGUCUUGAUGAGGUGUUGAGUUUACUGGAAUCAGGAAACACAGCAAGACACACUGGUGCAACCCAAAUGAAUCCAAACUCAAGCCGCUCCCACACCAUCUUCACCUUGUACAUGGAUCAGCGGCGGGGGAGUUCGCGCCUCUACGGGAAUGCUGCAAGCACCGGAUCACAAAUAUUGUCCUCCAAGUUCCAUUUUGUGGACUUGGCUGGCUCAGAGCGCAUCCUGAGGACAGGCAACACAGGCGAGAGACUUAAGGAGAGCAUUCAGAUUAACAGCGGCCUUCUUGCACUGGGGAAUGUUAUUGGAGCCCUUGGGGACCCCAAAAGGAAAGGCUCUCACAUACCAUAUAGAGAUUCUAAAAUCACAAGAAUCCUUAAAGACUCUCUGGGAGGAAAUUCAAAAACUCUGAUGAUAGCAUGUGUCAGCCCAUCCUCCUCAGACUUUGAUGAAAGUCUUAACACUCUCAACUAUGCCACAAGGGCCCGCAAUAUUCAGAAUCGGGCUACGGUCAACUGCAAGCGGGAGCCAGAUCGCGUGGAAGGACUGGAGCAACAAAUCAAGGCCCUUCGCAGAGCCCUGGAAAACCGCCAUCGUUCAGAGACCCGCAUCAUCUCUCAUGCUGAUACUAACAGGAGGUUCCGUCUUGGCGAAGGAGAGAUCAGUAGGCUACAAGUCCAAAGUGCACAUUAUCGGACCUGCACAGACACUGCUUACAGACUGCUACGUGAGCUGCAGAGUGAAGGCGCCCUGACUGCGGAACAAACCCUGAAAGUGAAGGAGUGGAUCUGCUCAGUGGAGGAGGAACAAAGUAGACUGACGACUGCUUCUGGACCAGACAGCGGGAUCGAGAACAGCUCUGCAGAGGAAAGUGUCGCUUUAAAAAGGGAAAGGCCUUCUGUGAACAACCAGGAUUCUGACACUUUGGAGGAAAGGUGGAGCUACGAUAGUGUGAAAGAUGGAGAGAAGGAUGAGCCUGCUGUAGCCAGGCUUCAAGCCCAGGUGCUGCACCUGGAGAGAGAGAAUACAGACUUCCUGGCAGCUCUGGAGGACGCUAUGGAACAAUAUAAGCUGCAGAGUGAUAAGCUGCAAGAGCAACAGGACCUGAUAGCAGAGUUACAGUGUCUGCUUUCCAAUCCUGGCCUGCAUGGCCUGGGCCUAAAUUUAUGUUCACGACCACACACUGCCCCAAUGGGCUCCAUGCAACAUAGCGUGAAUGGAGGUUUGCAGGUUGUUAAUCAGGAUGUCUGCCUCUAUGAGGAGCAGAAGACCACAGGUGGAGCAGAAAUCCAUGGCGUCGAAGAAGAGGGCAGUCAGUCAAACCUGCCCAGAGUAAGACAAAGGCAAGUGAACCAAACCUGGACCAAGAAGGAUAUGCUUUCAGUUGGACGAGCAGUCAUAGGCAAAGGGCUCAUAUCUCAGCUGCCUGAGCCCAGCCAGCAUCCAAGUUUAGCGAGAAAAGCAUCUAGCGGCAGCAUAGGGGAGACAUCUGUACGUGACAUGCAGAAAGGCUUUGAAGGUGUUUCAGAAUGGGGUCUUCUUCAAGCCCAGCAGAAGAUUCGGGAACUGUCAGUCACUAUCCGCAUGAAAGAGGAACUCAUUAAGGAGCUAGUCAAAACGGGUAAGGAUGCUCAGUCUUUGAACAGGCAGUACAGUCACAAGAUCACAGCUCUAGAAAGUGAGGCCGUGCAGGCGCGACAGGAGCUGCAGGAAGCCCAAAGGCAACUUCAGGACCUGGAGAGGCAGGAGAGAGAGAUCAGCACCACAGACAAGACCCGUGCCCAGGAAUGUCGACAAAAAAUAGCAGCAGCUCAAAGCAAAGUUCAGGUUCUCAGUCAGCGUCAGAGGGAUACAGCCCAUCUUGCAAAUUUGCCUGCGCAGAGUGAGCGUCGUGUGCUUGAGCUGGAGCGCAGUGUUCAGUCAAUGAGACAACAACAGGAACUUCUACAGAGGAGGCUGCGUCAGGAAAGUCAGCAGAAACGACGUCUGGAGACUGAGAUGCAGCGCAGAACUCACAGAGUCAAGGAACUUGAGAUAAAGAAUGAGCAACAGCAAAAGAUCUUAAAGAUUAAGACGGAGGAGAUUGCUGCCUUCCAGAGGCAAAGACGCAGUGGCAGCAAUGGCUCUGUCAUCUCUCUGGAGGAGCAACAGAAGAUCGAGGAGCAGAAACGUUGGCUGGAUGAGGAAAUGGAGCGUGUGCUGGAGCAGAGGCGCGGACUUGAAGAUCUAGAAGGAGAGCUCACGAAAAGAGAAGAAAUCUUGGCCAAGAAAGAAGCCCUGUUACAGGAGCGCAGUGGGCUUGAAACCAAGAGGCUUCGCUCCAGUCAGGCGCUGAGUAAGGAUCUGGUGACGCUAACAGGACGUAUCGAAACGCUGGAGCGCGAGUUGAGUGAGAGGAAUGGUCUCCUUCGCAGCAGCAGUGCUCAGGACUCCCAACAGAUUCGACAAGAAAUCUCCAACCUGCGUCAGGAGAAAGACUCCUUGCUGAAACAAAGAGUGGAGCUGGAUGAUAAGCUGCGGCAAGGCAACCUGCUCUCACCUGAGGAGGAGCGAACGCUCUUCCAACUGGAUGAAGCCAUUGAAGCUCUGGAUGCGGCAAUUGAGUAUAAGAAUGAGGCCAUCACGCAGAGGCAGAGGCAGCUCAGGGCUUCGGCCAGCAUGCUCUCCCAAUGGGAGAUGAAUCUUAUGGCCAAACUCAGUUACCUGUCUGCUUCUGAGACUCGAGCUCUGCUGUGCAAGUACUUUGACAAGGUAGUGUCUCUGCGCGAGGAGGAGCGCAAGCUGCAGCUUGCCCUCGCUGAGCUAGAAAUGCAGUUGGGUGAGCAGCAGCAGCUGGUGCAGUGGCUGGAGAACGCUCUCGAUCGCACUCAACUCGACACCGACCGUAGGCUCACUCAGCAGCAGAAGGAGCAUGAGAGGAGCGUGCAGCUUUUACUGCAGCAGUGUCGUGAACAAAUGGACGAGGGCCUGGCAGGAAGGCAGCGGCAAUAUGAGGGGUGGAUCCACGGCCUCAGCAAGGAGCUUAACCACUACAAAGCAUUAAAUCUGGAACUUGGCAACAAACUAAGGGAGUUCUGUGGCUCAGUCAGCCAGCCGAAGGAGCAAGUCAAAGUAGUGUCAUCUGAUGGCAAACCACUAGGUGUCAGCAGUGUGGAUAGUCACGGAGGAAGAGGGACUCCGACUGAAAAACCUCCCAAAUCCAGAGAGGAAAUGCGGGAGCUGGUGAACGCCCCUCUCCCGUCCACAUGGAGGCGCUCCUCUCUCCCAACAGAGGAGCCUGCUGUUAUGGAGGAGCUGUGGUUGCGAACAGCCUCUGACGUUCCUGUUAACCGUGUAGUCCAAAGUGGGUCCAUUUCUCCCAGCGUGCCGACAUCGCUUCCUGCUGUGAACUCUCGGCGCAGCAGCCUCAAUAUCGGACCACUCAUUUCAAACACUUUCAUGGAAAUGCGGAAAAAUCUUGCCUGAAAACAAUAAGACAAAAGAUUUUCUCUGAGGGUUCCGAAAGAUUUGUUUGUAAUACAUUUUUCUCUAUUUGUAUUUAAUUUUCUAAUGGACUGGUUUUUAUACAAAGCACUUUCAUUAUGGUAGUUUAUGUUUCAUUAAGUUGUAUGAAAUGUGGCCUCAUAUUGAUACAGAAUAAGGUUAAUUUGCUGUCUAGUUCUUUUGUCCUUUUAUAGUACUUUCUACAGUAUUUUAUAUUAAAACGUUUCAUCUUAAAUUUCAAGUGGACUUGACAAGUAUUUAUCUGAACAGCAGGGGGCAGUGAAACCUCAAUGCACGUCAGUUUAUGACUAAUAUUGCAGACUAUGGUUGAUCCAGGGCACUAUAGAUGUAAAAUAUGAUAUAAGUGUUUAAAUGGCUGAACAGGUGAAGAUGGUUCCUUCCGGGGAGAUUACCAUUAAAC